AAAUGAUUGAUGAAGAGCAUCUACCUUCAUUUAAAGAUAAUGAUGAUGAUGAUGAUGAUGGUACUGAUAUGAUAAAACGUUUACGUAAAACAUUCUGUUAUGGUCAUCGUUAUCAUCGCUAUUAUCAUCCAGUAUCAUCAUCAUCAUGGUGGCCAAAUCUAAUCAGUAUGCGUUUCAUAGUACCAUCAUCAAUUCCAAUGCGUCGUUUUCUAAUCAAAACAAUACGGUUUAUAUUUCUGGCUAUUUUGAUGGCCACUGUCAUUAUUAAUAUUGUAUUCAUCAUUGAAACUUGGAAUCGUUUGCAGCAGGAAUCGGUGGCAAAUAUUGAUGAUAAAGAUGGCCAUAUUAUCAAUUCAUUAUUAUCUGGUAGUCAUUCGAAUGAUUUCAGCAACAACAACAACAACAACAAUAAUCAACGAAUGAUUAAAUUGGAUAUUUUAUCUAGUCAAAAUCGUGCAAUGGUUACCGUAGAUGGAACUAUUAUUUUAGAUGAUUCUGAAGAUGGAAAAAAUCGUGGCAUACAUAUUCUUGUUCUGAAUCAAUAUACUGGAUCAAUAAUGGCUAGACGUAAUUUUGAUACAUAUUCCACACAUGAAGAUGAAGCAAUGUCAUUGUUUAUCAGUAUGGUUUCCGAUGGACGUAUAUUGAUUUUUGCCAUCAAAGAUGAGGGUACAUUUCAGCUGAAAAAAACUGCACGUGAUUUUCUCACUAGAUUAGGAUCAAAACGUGCACAAGAUAUUGGUUGGCGUGAUAUGUGGGCAAUGGUCAUACAGAAACAACUAUUAACACGGCAACAAUCCACUAGUAUGGAUCCAUUAUUGGGUGAAGCUUAUUCAAAAUCAAUGGAUUUUAAUUCCUGGGCAUCACCAGCAAUACUUCAUGUUGAUUUAGAGCUAUAUCCAACUGGCGAUGAUUAUGUUGAUUGUCAAUGGACUACAAUGACAACAACACCUUUGUCAUUUUUUAAUCAAUUUUUUGGAAAUUUUUUACCAUCAUCAUCUUCGACUGAAUCCGUGGAUAUUUCGAUGAUUGACAGUAAUGCCAAAAGUUUAUCAUCAUCAUCAUCAUCGAUGAAUUUUGUUUUCCUACCCGAUGAUAACGAAACACGAGAACGACGAAAACAUUUUUGUUCACGUAUUGAAGGUUAUGGAUCGGUUUGUAGCUGUAAUGAUCCAUUACCAUUACGUUUUGUUUCCAAUUAUGAUCCGAUGGCAAAAAUAUCACAAGUACCAAUCGCCAUAAUUGCUUCAAAUCGUCCACAUUAUCUUUAUCGUAUGUUACGAACAUUAUUAUUGACACCUGGUUGUAAUCCAUCAAUGAUCACAAUAUAUAUCGAUGGUUAUUAUGAAGAACCAUUAGAAGUGGCAAAAUUAUUUGGCCUGCGUGGUAUUCAACAUACACCCAUUGGCCAUGCUAAUUCACGAAUCACACAACAUUAUAAGGCCAGCCUGACGGCUACAUUCAAUCUAUAUCCGGAUGCACAAUAUGCUAUCAUUUUGGAAGAAGAUCUAGAUGUUUCAUUAGAUUUUUUCGAAUAUUUUGCACAAACAAUGCAUCUACUUGAUCAAGAUGAUACAUUAUUCUGUAUAUCAGCAUGGAAUGAUCAAGCAUAUGAACAUACAUCAAGUGAUACUAGCCUACUUUAUCGUGUCGAAACAAUGCCCGGUUUAGGUUGGAUGUUAACACGUAAAUUAUAUAAAAAUGAAUUAGAACCUAGAUGGCCUACGCCGGACAAAUCAUAUGAUUGGGAUAUGUGGAUGCGUUUAUCCGAUAUACGCCGUGGACGUGAAUGUAUCGUACCAGAUGUUUCACGUACAUAUCAUUUUGGUUCAUCAGGUCUGAAUAUGAAUUCAUAUUUUCAAGAAAUGUAUUUCAAAAAACAUGCUUUCAAUACAAAUCCAAGUGUAUUGCUUAAAAAUGUUGAUCUUUUAAAAGUAGAAAACUAUGAACGUCUUAUUAAUCGAUUAAUUCGUAUGGCUAUAAUUAUUGAUCAUCGAAAAGGUCCUUGUGAUUCAAAUUUUCUUAAAACAACAACAACAACAACAACAACCACCACUACCAAUAAUACAUUGGUAAUGAAAAGUAAAAACCAUCAUAGCCAAAAUCAAUCAUCAACAUUACAAUCAAUGAUAAUGGAUACGACAAAUAUCUAUUUAAUCUUUAUUCGUAUGAUACAUGUUCAUGAUUAUGAUACAUGGCUACAUAUUGCUAAAUGUUUACAUAUAUGGGAUCUAGAUGCUCGUGGCUAUCAUCAUGGAAUGUGGCGUCUACAUUAUUAUCGUUCACAUUUAAUUAUAAUAGGUGUGCCUUAUUCACCGUAUAGCGUAUUUAAACCACCACAUGUUGUGCCUUUAUCAUUUUUGUCCAAAUCAUCACCAUCAACGUCAUCGACGACAACGACUACGACGACGACGACGACGACAAAAUCAAUUGUUCCAAUUGGAUCCGAUCAUAUGAAUUGAUGAAUGGAGGGGAAAAAUUGAUGCAUAUGAAUCAUUAAAUGAAUGAAAAAAAUUUUGAUUUUGAUCUUUGAUUCAAUGCCAAUGUCUCUGUGAUAUCAAAGUAGUAGUGUUUCUUUUAAAUGUUUCUGUUUUUCGUUUUUUUUAUUUCACUUUUGCAUACACACACACACACACAUCAUCGU